CAAGCAGCACGAUGGCGACAGAGCAGUAUGAGGGCUACAGCCCACAGUUGGCAGACGACUGGGCCGGCCAUGAAGUCUCGCAAUUGCAACAUGAUUCCACGUCGAACCCCGCGAUCCCACAACCAGCGACCGACGACCUCGCCUACAAGCCCAACACCCGCGGCAACAGCUUCAACAACCCGCCGCCGAGCGGAUGGCUCUACCCUCACAAGAAGGGCAUCGGCACAGGCUCGAACCUGGAGCCAUUCAAGGCCGAGAUCGAGUCCCGCACGCAGCGAGGAGAGAACUGCAAGGCCAUCGCUGUUGCCUUGAACGCCAUGGGCGUCCAGACCAGCGAUCGUGCUGUCAGUCGAGUACGCAUCAGAUGGGGCAUGAGGAAGAGGGCCCAGCGGAAGGUCAAGACACCUCCCCCGGAUGCCGACAACGUGCGGAUGAGUGCCAAGUCCAAGGUCCAGGCAAUGAGGAAGGCCGAGCUGAUCCGCAUGACAAGAGAGGGCAUGACACCCGAGGAGAUCUACCAGGACUUGACCUCUCGCGGGAUGGAGCUCAAGAAGGGCGUCGCCACCGUGCUGCGUCUGCAGAGUGCCUGGGGUGUUGCGCGCGACGAGAAGCGGUGGCUUGGCAACUUUCGCCAUCAGUGCCACAAGAAGGCAAAGGCGCAGCAGGCAGACGCAUUCACUGACAUAGCAAAAGAGUUGGGAGUACAGGAGGUCAAAGUCUGGGUCCAGGAGAAGAUGAAGGAGCAGGCUGCCAGGCAGGCAAGGCACGAGCUGGCCCUCAAGCUUAUGGGGGAGCACGCACCCACGAAUCCCGAGCGGCGAAAGCUGCAAAAGCCUCGCAGGGAGAAUGGUCCUUCUGAGGGUCAGGGAAAUGCGAACGACGCCGAGGACGAUCUUGACAGUGGAAGCUCCGAGGAUGAGCACGGAUCGGCCUCGCCCUUUUCGGGCCCUGUCACGGACUUGAGAUUUGAGUUGGCUGACCCGGCUCGUCAAGAUGGUCAUGUUCCCCACGAUGUACAGUUGCUGUCACCGCACGGAAACCCCAGCGGGGCCCGGUCGACCGGCUAUACACCAGAUCCUAUCAAUGAACCAUCCAGUGCCGGCCGAGGUGUUGAGGGUGGCGUGUAUCAUGAGUACCCGCCCUUGCAUGACCGGGCGGACGAUUCAAUGUACGAUUCUGGAGGCGAGCAGCAUGGCAGCGCCGGCGCUCCAUCUCACACUCCAACAGGCAUAGUUGAACUCAUUCCGCAUGCUACGCCUGCCUCGCCCAUGUCGACCCACCCGCUGCCUUCGUUUCACCACCCCAAUGCUCUCGACCCCAACAUGUCGUCACAGCCCGCCGAGAUCAGUCCGACACGAACAGCUCCAACAAGCACCACUGCCGUCCUUGCUGGGCACGGGGAGGGACAUGCAGGACAGUCCAACGGGAGCGGUGGCCCUGCUCCCAAAGCGGCAGCAUCAGCCGCGUCUGGUUUGGUUCUUGCCCCUGAGGAGACCGAGGCCAACAAGUCGACACUAAGUGCGCUCGACCAGUACAACGACGCUGCUAGGGUAUACAAGGAGUUGCUGGAAGCAAGAAAUAGCAACCAGCCACUUGCUGGGAGCUUGACCGGAAUGGCGCCCUCGGCGAAGGAGCUCGAGACAGCGAAGCGCAAGCUCAAGGAUGCCACCCAAGCGAUGAUGCUGGCAUUGGACUAGAGACUAGGACCGACUGCUUCGUUGUGGCAUCGAAAGCAUGGUCCUGGACAAGCCUUGGUGGUCGCAAGGCUUCGGGGGAGAGCACCAAAAUCAUCGGCGGCGUUUAUUACUACGAUGAUGUGACUAACAUGGCCGUGCAGAAAGAAACACGGGCAACUCUACGAUUACAUACUUUGUUUAAUUUCAAGGGUAUUGUUUUCUCCCACAUCAAGCCGCGUACAGAAACCACCUUACCCGAUCGACGAUCCCCGAAUUGGAUUCCUUCUGCGUGUGUUGCUUCUCCUGCUUGCUCUUCUCGGUCUUCACCGGCGCGCUGGCGUCACUCUCACCCGCCUUCGCUCUCCGAGCCCCGAUGCCGUCCUUGAGCGCCUUAAUUCUCGCUCCAGGAGAAGCAGUGUCCUUUUUGGCGUCGGCUGCGGUUGCUGUUGUCUCCCCCCCCUGUGGCCGUGGCUCCUUCUCACGCUGCCUCUUUGCUUUGAGGCCCUCAAUCCCGCUGCCGAUCCCGUCUUUGAUGGACUUGAACCUUCCGCCGGAGGCUGCGGUGUCUUGCGGUGCAGGGGCAGGCUGUGCGUUCGGCUCCCUAGUGGGAGCAUUCGCCUCCACGCGGGUCUCGGCACUAUCCAUGGUCUCAGCUUGCGGCCUCUGAGUCUCCUCGUCGACCGGGGCCUCGUUCUGCCCAGUAGCCCGUCUUCUCGCGGCGAAGUUCGUGAUCCCACUUCCAAUACCCGCCCUGGCGUUUCCGAGCCCAUCCCGGAUUGACUGGAAUUUUACUGCCGCUGCAG